UAUUCAUUAUUUUAUUGUAUUAAUGGUCAAGAGCGACAACAUUUGUGUUCUGAAGCUCUGAUUUGUUGCGUACCUAAUUCCUCCUUCCUGCAUCUUCGAAUAAUAUCUUAAUGGUCUUAGCCACACAAUACAUAUAUGAGAGUAUCCCUACCUUUGUCUGGCUUACGUGGCCUCACUCCGCUUGCUCUUUCUCUCCUCCCGUCCUCUGCUUUUCUCUCUUCUCUGUCCCCAAUUUCAAACCCUAAUUUCACACUUUGUAAUUUUUCUCAAUCUCAUAAAAUUCCCGUCUUUCCCUGCUGUUUCUGACUUUAUCUGUUUAGGGAAACAAACUAAACUCCCUAAAGUUAUUGUUUUUGUUUUGGGAAGUUUUAGAGAUUUCCGAAUCUGAACUCUCAACCUUCAAAUCCCAGAUAAAAUUCAAAAUUUGUGCCUUAUUUGAUAUAUUUUUUCAGUUUCUUUUCUAUUUCCGAAACUUGAAACGCUAUUUUAGUAUCUUUUUCCCGCUGUGGUUGGAGCUCGAAACCGUUAUUUUAGAAUUUCUGGGCACUGUUCGAGAAGCUUGCAAGAUCUAAGUUCACAGAUAUCGCUUUUGUUUUGUUAUUGGAGCUCUUGAAUUUCGAUUAUUGAUUUUGUUUAUUAUAAGUUAUACGCCUAAAUCCGCUAAUAUACGUUUGAGCUCAUGCUGGCACAGAAGUUAUGAAGAGGGGGUUUUAUGAAUUAUUAGGAUAAAGGAAAUCUGGGCUUAAUUCAUUUUGACAAGUAUGUCGGUAGAAAGGUCGUUCGAAGCUUGGGAGGAAGUGCAGCGACACGGUCAGGACCUGGCGGACCGGCUGACACAGGGUUUCACCGGUUUGAUCCAGUCCCACAUAAAUCCUCCCCCUUUUCCGUGGCCCAACCCCCAAAAUUCGAAGCUUUUUGAUCUUGAAUUUCCGUCUCAUAGUUUUGGCAAAAGGGACUUUGGUUUGGUGUCUGAAAGCUCGGGAAUCAACGGCGUUUCUGCAAUUCUUGAUAUUGGCAAUAGAAUUGGGCAAGCUGGGGCGGAUCUCGGAGCGGGCUUGAAUGGGAUGGUUCAACAGUUCUUCAGGAUGUUGCCUGUACCAUUUUGGCAAGAGGAUAAUUCGAUUGCUACAAUCCGAAUGGAUUUUGAUAACAACAGGCAGAGAGCUGAUGUUGGUAUGAUUGUUCAGGAAGAACUGGGACCGCUGACUGAUAGGUUAAGAGAUUUCGGGUUUGUUGAGAAUGAAAACGGUGUGGAUGGAGUGGUGGAUGAGGAGGUGGCUGGCUUUAACACGAGGACGGCUGGUUACCUUGCUAGACCUCAGGGAAUUGUCAAUUUCACAUCUACAUACGAUAGUAGAACACGUGAUGUGGAUAGUUCUUUGGUUGCAAGAGGAGACUUAUGGAGGUUUGAAGCAUCCCACAACAGUUCCACUUCCUCCUCACGGAAUGACAAUUCAUCUCUCUUCCUUGUCCAGCUUGGUCCAGUACUUUUUGUUCGUGAUGCAACUCUUCUCUUACCUGUUCAUUUAUCAAAGCAGCACUUGCUUUGGUAUGGUUAUGAUAGGAAGAAUGGUUUGCACUCUCUUUGUCCAGCUGUGUGGUCAAAACACAGAAGAUGGCUCUUAAUGUCAAUGCUCUGUCUCAAUCCCUUAUCUUGUUCAUUUGUUGAUUUGCAAUUUCCAAAUGGGCAAUUAACUUAUGUCUCUGGUGAGGGGUUAAGCACAAGUGCUUUCUUACCAGUUUGUGGAGGUCUUCUUCAAGCGCAAGGUCAAUAUCCUGGAGAAAUGAGAUUUAGUUUCUCUUGCAAGAAUAAAUGGGGAACACACAUCACUCCGAUGAUACAAUGGCCAGACAAGUCUUUUACAUUAGGUCUUGCACAAGCCUUGGCUUGGGAGAGAUCUGGUCUCAUGGUGAAGCCUACAGUUCAAGUCAGUUUAUAUCCAACUCUUGGGGGAAGCAAUCCUGGAGUACGGGCAGAACUCAUUCAUUCAGUCAAAGAACACCUGAACCUUAUUUGUGGUUAUGCACUAACGGCACAUCCUUCAGCAUACGCAUCUGUAUCAAUUGGCAGGUCCAAGUGGAAUGGAAAUGUUGGUAACUCAGGUUUAGUGGUGAGAGUGGAUGCUCCUCUUACCAAUGUUGGUCGACCUUCUUUCUCUGUUCAGAUAAAUAGUGGUAUUGAGCUUUGAUUAUUUACUCCUGUACUCUCCAAUCUACAAUAGAAGUGUAUAUAAUUUAGUGUCAAUCUAUUAAAUGCAACAUAUCUCCACAUGUAAUGAUGUAAAUAAGAAUAAGAUUGUUGAAAGUUGAUUUACUGAUCUCCCCUUUUUCCUAUGUAGGGAGUUCAUUUUCUUGUUAUAACUGUCUUACAUUAAAUGUAUUUAUAUAAAUAUAUUAUUUUUGGUA